CGUUCUGGCUUGGCGCGCCGAGGUUAUAAGGCAGCCGAGCGCGAAGCGGAGAAGACGGAUCGGCUCAGGACUGCGGGACGGAAACGGCCGGAGUCCUACCAUGGCUACUACACAAUCAAUUUUCAUAUUUGCACUUUGCGUUUUAAUGAUAACAGAAUUAAUACUGGCUGCGGAGAGUUAUUAUGACAUUCUAGGAGUUCCCAAAAAUGCAUCUGAACGCCAGAUUAAAAAAGCAUUUCAUAAAUUAGCAAUGAAAUAUCAUCCAGACAAAAAUAAAAGUCCUGGAGCAGAAGCAAAAUUCCGGGAAAUUGCAGAAGCAUAUGAAGUUUUGUCUGAUGAAAAUAAACGUAGAGAAUACGAUCAGUUUGGAAAUGCAGAUGGACGACGAAUGAAUGGAAACCCCUUUCAGCACUCAUUUAACUUUGAUUUUGAUCGCUUCCUUAAAGACUUUGAUUUCUUUGGUGAAAGGUCUAAUGCAAAGAAAGACUUUGAAAAUCAUUUUCAUAGUCAACAGGAGGCUGAGAGGAGACAAAGACAUGCUUUUCCAGAAUUUAAUUUUGGAGGGGGACUGUUUGAUGACAUGUUUGAAGAUAUGGAAAAAAUGUUUUCAUUUAAUGGGUUUGAUAACACACAGCGGCAAACAAUGCAGACUGGAAACAAAUUCCAUGGCUCUAGUAAGCACUGCAGAACUGUGACACAGCGCCGAGGAAACAUGGUGACCACAUUCACAGAUUGUUCCGGACAAUAGUUACUUUGCAGUUCCUUUUGCUCUAUGCUGCCCUUAGUUUCCUUUUGGCUCUAUUCUUUGCUGCUGAAGCACAGAGGUUCUGCAAACCAUGAAUUUGUAGUUUAAUCACUUUAAGUGCUGAAAGUAUGUUGUAGCUAAACUGAUAAAUAUUACAAGUGCAACAAAACAAGAUGGAAUGACUAACUUAUUCCUUCGGCUGCAUAGAAUGUGCAUGUGGAGAAAAUCUCCAUAUGACAGUGUUAGAUUGUAAUAACAGAAGCAAGGUAACCGAAUUACCUCACUGUUCACUUUAUAUUUUACACUCAGCAAAGUGUUGAUUUAAUAGUAUACUAGAUAAUAUUGUCAGGCUUCUAUUUCUAGAAGUGUUAACUGUUGAGUGUUUGUGUGAUUCUGUUCUUUAUUAGCACAGAAUUUACGAUGUAAUUCUGUGUUACAUUAACAGUAAUGACUUACAAAUACAGUAAUAUAUUGAAAUAUGGUAUAUUUUGAAUUGCAUGAUUUGAUUUAACAAAACUGACAUUUCAGGUAUAAAAGAGCUUUGAAUUGUACAGAUUUGUACACAAACAUGUAUUUAAAAUGUGUAUAUAAACCCUGCUGAAACACUUUUAA